CACAGUGGGGAGAAUCCCUAUCAGUGCUUUGAAUGUGGAAAGAGUUUCACCUGCAAGGAAAGCCUCAUUUCCCACCAAAGAAUUCAUACAGGGGAGAAACCAUAUCAAUGCUUAGAAUGUGGAAAGAGCUUCACUUGGAAGGUAAAUCUUACUUCCCAUCAAAGAAUUCAUACAGGGGAGAAACCGUAUCAGUGUUUGGAAUGUGGAAAGAGAUUCACCCAGAAGGAAGGUCUCACUUCCCAUCAAAGAAUUCAUACUGGGAAGAAACCAUAUCAGUGCUUAGAAUGUGGCGAGAGCUUCGCCUGGAAAGUAAGUCUCACUUCCCAUCAAAUAAUUCAUACAGGGGAAAAACCAUAUCAAUGUUUGGAAUGUGGAAAGAGCUUCAGUCGGAACUCCCAUCUCACAUCACAUGGAAGAAUUCACAGAGGCGAAGAGCCAUAUCAGUGCUUGGAAUGUGGAAAGAGCUUCAUUCGGAAGGAUAAUCUCACUUCCCAUCAAAGAAUUCACAGCGGAGAGAAACCCUAUCAGUGCUUGGUAUGUGGAAAGAGCUUUAGUCGGAAAGAAAGUGUCACUUCCCAUCAAAGAAUUCAUACAGGGGAGAAACCAUAUCAGUGUUUGGAAUGUGAAAAGAGCUUCAAUCAGAACACCCAUCUCAUUUCCCAUCAAAGAAUUCAUACGGGGGAGAAACCAUAUCAGUGCUUGGAAUGUGGAAAGAGCUUCAGUAAGAGGGCGCAUCUCACGGCCCAUCAAAGAAUUCACACUGGGGAGAAACCAUAUCAGUGUGUUGAAUGUGGAAACAGCUUCAAUUCCAAGGGGACUCUCACUUCCCAUCAAAGAAUUCAUACAGGGGAGAAACCAUAUCAGUGCUUGGAAUGUGGAAAGAGAUUCAACCAAAAGGAAAAUCUCACUUCCCAUCAAAGAAUUCAUACAGGGGAAAAACCGUAUCAGUGUUUGGAAUGUGGAAAGAGAUUCAGUCGAAAUUCCCAUCGCACUUCCCAUCAAAAAACUCACAGCAGGGAGAAACCAUAUCAGUGCUUGGAAUGUGGAAAGAGAUUCACCUGGAAAGGAAGUCUCACUUCACAUGAAAGAAUUCAUACAGGGGUGAAACCAUUAAAAUGCUUGUGAUGUGGAAACAACUUCAAUUCCAAGGGGAAUCCCGUGGUCCAUCGAAGAAUUCAUACAGGGGAGAAACCAUAUCAGUGCUUGGAAUGUGGAAAGAACUUCAGUAAGAGCACCAAGCUCACGUCCCAUUAAAUAAUUCACCGUGGGGAGAAUCAUAGAAUUGUAGCAUUGGAAGGGACCCUAAGGUUAAUCUCUUGUCUUUGUCCAUGGAGUUUUCCUGGCAGGCAUACUGGAGUGG